GAGCGCGGCUGGUGGAAAUGUCGAUUCUUGUUGGUGCAUGAUUUGCCUGUAAAGUAUUUUGAGGAUCAUUGCAGAAUGGCGACAAAAACUGCACCCAAAAGUCAGCUAAGACUGGAAUGGGUGUAUGGUUACCGGGGCCAUCAGUGUCGAAAUAACCUAUAUUACACUGCCAGCAAAGAAGUUACCUAUUUUGUGGCCGGUGUAGGCAUUGUUUACAACCCAAGAGAACAUAAACAACGAUUUUUUCUAGGACACGAUGACGAUAUUUUAUGCCUGGCUCUCCACCCAGACAAGACCAUGGUUGCUACUGGGCAGACAGGAAAGAACCCCUUUAUCUGUGUAUGGGAUACCACUACCAUGGAAACAGUUUCCAUUCUACGUGAUGGUCACCAGAAUGGUGUUGCAGCAGUAGCAUUUGACAAAGAUGGAGGGCAUGUGGUGUCAGUAGGAUUGGAUCAGCACUCCACCAUUAAUGUUUGGGACUGGAGGAAAGGCAAGAUAGUGGCCACAGUCAGGGGACAUUCUGAUAGGGUCUUUGAUGUCCAGUUUAACCCCUAUGCAGGGAACAGCAUAGUAAGUUGUGGUGUUAAACACAUCAAGUUCUGGUCUCUAUGUGGUAAUGCUCUGACUCCAAAGAAAGGUGUGUUUGGGAAGGUAGGGGAGAUCCAGACGAUUCUCUGCCUGGCAUUUGGUCCAGACGACACGACAUAUUCCGGAACAUUGGCUGGAGAUGUCUACGUCUGGAGAGGAAGCAACUUAGACAGAGUUAUUCCGGCAGCUCAUCAGGGUGCAAUAUUUACAAUGGACAUGUCAGAAGAUGGGUACAGUACAGGGGGUAAGGAUGGGGUGGUAAAACUGUGGGAUCCAGACUUUAAACCCGUCACCAGCAUUAACCUGGCCAACUCACCAUCUGGAUAUAAAGGAUUAACGGUACGCAGUGUCUGUUGGCGAGGGGAUCGGGUGCUAAUCGGGACACAGGACAGCCAGAUAUUUGAGGUGAUUGUCCGAGAUAGAGACAAGCCACACUGCUUAGUGGAUGGCCAUGCAGAGGGAGAGUUGUGGGCCUUGGCAGUCCAUCCAAAGAAACCUAUUUUUGCCACAGGAAGUGAUGACCAGACAUUAAGGCUGUGGAAUAUGAAUAAUUUUGAGAUUCUAUCCAAGAUGUCUGUUGACCAGAAAAUCAGGAGCUGUGCUUUUGAUGCAGAUGGAAGCCAUAUUGCCUUGGGUCUCACUGAUGGCUCAUUCAUGGUUUUAAAAACCAGAGAUUUAUCUGAAGUCGUCCACCUGAAGGACAGGAAGGAGGUUAUACAUGAGAUGAAGUUCUCUCCUUGUGGUAAAUACCUUGCCGUUGCUUCUAAUGACAACUUUGUGGACAUUUACUCGACAGAACAGCGGUAUAAACUACUGGGAACGUGUCGUGGCAGCUCAAGUUUUAUCACUCAUAUAGACUGGUCUACAGACAGUCAAUACCUACAGACAAACAGUGGGGCUGCUGAGAGACUCUUCUACAAGAUGCCAGCUGGAAAGCAAGUGACUAACAAAGAGGAGAUCUCCAGCAUACAUUGGUGCACGUUCACUGGUGUCCUAGGAAACGAGGUCAACGGAAUCUGGGAAAAGUACACCGAUACUAACGAUGUCAAUGCUGUGGAUGCAUAUUUCCAAGGGGAAGUCCUGGUCACUGGGGAUGAUUUUGGACUCGUUAAGCUAUUUAAGUUUCCGUGUUUGAAAAAAGGUGCAAAGUUUAGGAAGUAUGUGGGACACUCAGCUCAUGUUACCAAUGUGCGAUUUUCUCAUGACAAGACGAGGGUCAUUUCUACAGGGGGUGCCGACCACGCCAUGUUCCAGUGGAAGUUUUUAUUGGACGGAAGUAAUGAGCCUGACCCUCAAUCAGGUUUUGUGGACUCUAACAGUGAGGAGAGUGACUCCGAUUUAUCGGAUGUUGCAGACAUGGACUCGGAUUUGGAGGCUGAGAAACAAGUUGUGUAUUCUAGAGCCAUCUAUAAGGAGGAUGCUGCAAAAAUCCGAAAAAUGAUUAAGGAUGAGCUGCCAGCGGGACAGAAACGUAAACGGGGUCCAACUGCAGGGUUGAAACUGCAGUUCAUUCAUGGGUACAGGGGCUAUGACUGCCGCAACAAUUUGUUCUACACACAAAAUGGUGAAGUGGUAUACCAUGUGGCCGCCGCUGGUAUCGUGUACAAUAGAGAGAAGCAUACACAGAAGUUUUACACAGAGCACACAGACGACAUCUUAUGUCUGUGUAUCCACCCCAUCAAAGAUCUCGUGGCUACAGGACAGGUGGGUCGGGACCCUGCUGUACACAUUUGGGAUGCAGAAACUCUGAAGACGGCAUCCAUACUGAAAGGGCAGCACCAGAGAGGAGUCUGUGCUGUAGAUUUCUCAGGUGAUGGUAAAAAGUUGGCCUCUGUUGGACUGGAUGACAAUCAUUGUAUCGUCGUCUGGGAUUGGAGGAAAGGAGAAAAACUUGCUACUACUAGAGGCCAUAAAGAUAAGAUAUUUGUCAUCAAGUGGAAUCCAUUUGAAGCCAACAAGUUGAUAACCGUAGGAGUUAAACACAUCAAAUUCUGGUCUCAAGCAGGUGGUGGAUUCACAUCCACGCGUGGUACUUUUGGUAACGUGUCUAAGUCAUGUGACAUGCUCUGUGUGGCAUUUGGAAAGGCAGCAGACAUUAGUUUUUCUGGAGGAAGUGAUGGUAAUGUUUUUAUCUGGAAAGAUUCCACACUGCAGAAGUCAGUCAAGGCACAUGAAGGACCUUUGUUUGCCAUGCACUCACUUGACAAGGGUUUUGUGACCGGGGGUAAGGAUGGUAUGAUUGGUCUGUGGGAUGACCAGUUUGAGCGAUGCCUGAAACAGUACUACAUCAAAAAAUCAGGCAUUGAGCAGUCGUCUAGAGGUAUGCUUAUGACAGAAUUACCAGCUGUGAGGGCCAUUGUUCUGGGUCACGGCAAAAUCCUGGUGGGGACCAAAAAUGGGGAGGUUCUGGAGGUGGAUAAAGGCGGACCCAUGACAAUCCUGGCACAGGGCCACAUGCAGGGAGAGCUGUGGGGGUUAGGAAUGCACCCCACCCAGCAGAUUUGUGCCACAGUGAGUGAUGAUAAAACUCUGAGGGUGUGGGAUUUGGGAUCUGAUCACAGAUUGAUUAACUACAAAGUCCUCAAACAGGCUGCUAGAAGUGUGACUUUCUCAUCUGAUGGAAAAUUUCUGGCCAUUGGACAAAAAGAUGGGAGUUUUAUGGUCGUCAAUGUGGACAACAUGGAAGAAGUCAUCUCCUUCCAUCACAGGAAAGAAGAAAUCUCAGAUAUCAAAUUCUCCCCAGAAGAGGGAAAGUACCUGGCAGUGGCCUCCCAUGACAACUUUGUGGAUAUCUACAAUGUCCUAAGUAAGAAGAGGGUGGGGACAUGUAAGGCGGCGUCCAGUUAUAUCACACAUGUGGACUGGGACAAAGCAGGCAAGUUACUGAUGGUAAACACAGGAGCUAAGGAACAGUUGUUCUACGAGGCACCACGGGGAAGAAGAGUGACACUCAGUAACUUGGAGAUAGAGAAAAUUGACUGGGCGUCAUGGACUUGUGUUCUUGGGAAGACAUGCGAGGGAAUCUGGCCUCCAAAAAGUGACAUUACUGAUGUAAAUGCCACUUCUCUAUCAAAUGACAAACAGUUAUUAGCUACCGGGGAUGAUUUUGGAUUUGUCAAACUGUUCCAGUAUCCAGUUAAGGGAAAGUUUGCCAAACACAAACGAUAUGUAGGUCACUCAGCCCAUGUGACCAAUGUGCGGUGGUCCUCUGAUGACAAGCUGCUAGUUUCCACAGGUGGCGCUGAUACCGCUGUUAUGGUGUGGCAGUGUACGUCAGCGGCUGACAGGAAUACCACGUGCGGUGAAAGUGAUGACUCGGACACAGACUCAGAGGAGGAAGGAGGUUAUGACAGUGAUGUUGAACGAGAGAAAAAUAUGGAUUACAACACAAAGAUAUACAUCAACCCAAUCCGAGAGAAAGAGGGCACAAAACCUCACCUGCAAGAGCACACAGAGGUGGAAAAACCCAGUGUCAGUAGAAAUGCCCCUGUCCCUCCCAAAGUCCAGAGGGCAGAGAUUCCCAGCUCUGGUUCCAAACGCAAGAAAAGAACACCAGUCAAUGACUUACAGUUGGAAUAUGUCCAUGGAUACAGAGGCUUUGACUCCAGGAAUAACUCACACUACAUCAAUGAUGGGGCAGACAUUGUUUUCCAUGCAGCUGGAGCAGGGAUUGUUCAGAAUCUGUCUACAGGACAUCAAAGUUUUUACUUGGAACACACAGAUGACAUCAUAUGUUUAGCAGCCAAUCAAAACAACAAGUUUAAGAACAUCGUUGCAUCUGGUCAGAUUGGAAAUCCUCCAUCCAUUCACAUCUGGGAUGCUGCCACCAAGGAGACAAAGUCAAUACUAAGGGGAGGUCACUCUAGAGGGGUGUGUUCAGUAGACUUCUCGUGUACUGGCAAGUAUAUAGUGUCUGUGGAUUUGGCUGAUGACCACCAGAUUGCUGUUUGGAGAUGGCAGGAAGGUGUCAAAGUUGCAAGUGCCCCAGGACACAACCAGCGAAUUUUCCGUGCUGAAUUCCGCCCUGAUUCAGACAGUCAGUUUGUGUCUGUUGGUGUUAAACAUGUGAAGUUUUGGACUGUAGCAGGUAGUGAACUGGUGGGCAAGCGAGGCAUUCUGACAGAUGCCGGGACAGGAACACAGAUAAAGACUCUACAGACCAUGCUAUCUGUGGCAUUUGGAGCUAACAAUGUGACCUUCACCGGGGCAAUGAAUGGAGAUGUGUAUGUGUGGAAGGACAUGACCUUGACCCGGAUUGUUCCUAAGGCCCAUAACGGACCAGUAUUUACCAUGUUUACUACACUAAGAGAUGGUUUUAUAGUCACUGGUGGAAAGGAGGGAUCAAGUAAAGAUAACGGCCCUGUGAAACUGUGGGACCAGGAAAUGCUGAGACGUAGAGCAUUCCCCCUCACUGAGACAGGAAACAAGAUAGAUGUUGUUAAAUCAGUCUGUAGGAUCAAGGGUAAGAUUUUGGUUGGUACAAAGGACAACACAAUCAUGGAGAUCACAGAGAAGAAUGCUGCAGUCCAAGUCCUUGUGGCCGGGCAUGGAGAGGGGGAAGUGUGGGGGUUAGACACUCAUCCCCUCGUCUCUAGAUUUGUCACCGGCAGUUAUGACGGAUCUGUACGAGUGUGGGACCUGGCUAAUAAGUCCUUGGUUGGUAAGUUGUCGGUAAGUGCUGCUCGCUCUGUUGCCUUCAGUCUGGAUGGAGAGUUAAUCGCUGUGGGCUGUAAGAAUGGGGAAUUCCUUGUCUUCUCGGCCAAUGAAUUAAAGUUACUGGGAAAGAGGCGAGAUCGAUCAGGGGCCAUAAACGACAUCAGAUUCAGUCCUGAUAAGAAGCACCUGGCUGUUGGGUCUGAGGAGAAUUGUGUGGAUUUUUAUGACCUCACCUCAGGGCCUGCCCUCAAUAGAAGUGGUUAUUGUAAGGGGAUCCCCAGCUUUGUUAUUCAGAUGGACUUCUCAGCGGACAGCAAGUACAUCAGGGUAAGCACAGGAGCUUAUAUACACCAGGUGUUUGAGGUUCCUAGCGGGAAAAUCAUAGAAGAACAAAAAAUCAUUGAAAGCAUAACAUGGGCUUCUUGGACAAGUGUACUGGGGAAGGAGGUGGUGGGAAUCUGGCCUAAGGACUCCAGUAACGCCGACGUUAAUUGUGCUCACCUAUCACACCUGGGAACGGCACUAGCCACUGGGGAUGACUUUGGUUUUGUCAAAUUGUUCAACUUUCCUUGUUCAGAAAAAAAUGCACCUCAUAAAUCAUAUGUGGGACACUCAGCCCAUGUAACUAAUGUCCGCUUCUCAUUUGACGACAAAUACUUAAUAAGUACUGGAGGAGAUGACUGCAGUGUCUUUGUGUGGCGUUGUCUCUGAAUAUUAAGGCUUCUUAUGACGACCAAGGUCCAUUCUUCAGAAAGAGUUCAUCCAAGAAAUAACCAAGAAACAAAACCUACAAGUAGAUACUAUUGACAACAACUGUUAGUAAUACAUGUAGAUUAACUUACCAUAUAAACAUUACUUUACAUAGAUAGUGUCCCAUUUUUAAACAUUUUAAUAAUUAUACUUGUCACAUACUUGACCAUUAGGCAGCAUGAUGUGUAAGAGGGUUGUGUAUUCAUGGAAUUUGUUGAGAAGUACGAGUCAGUAUAGUCAUUAAGAGAGCUUGUAGAAGUACUUUUUUAUAAUCUUUCAUGUAUUAAAUAUCUCAUAUAUACUGCUAUAUUUAAAAAGAAAAUCUUGUUAUCUCAAACUUGAUGUUGCUGAGAAGAAACUUUGCGAUAUUGAAGUUAUAAUACAUAUAGAAAUGGUGACUGGGACUUCCAUCUCGCUUUGAUGUAUCUAUGGUAUUUCAGACAUCGGUGUUUGAGAUACCAAAGUUUAACUAUAUUUGUAUUAUUAACUGCAUGUAGUUGAGAGGAUAUGUUCAGAUUUAUCUUAAAAAGUUACUUUUAUAUUAUAUGCUAACUUCCAUGUGUAUAUCAUCAGGAAAAUGAAUUAUUUUUACAUCUCCGUCCAUUUAAAUGGAAGCUUUGUCUUAAGCUCCAGUCUUGUAUUGUACUCAGUUUUGUCAGUUAUUUAAACUCUCAGUAUACUUUACAGUUUUACAUAAAUUGUGUAACUUCUAGAUCUGUGUUAUUCUAAAAUUGACACUUUAUAAAUCAUGAUGUAAUAUACAUAUCUACUACAGUGCUAUCGUUACUGUAGAUGUAUUGUUUAUGAUAUCAAAUACAGAACAUGUGACAUACAAAUGCAUUAAUCUAUGGUACCCCGAAGUUCUGAUGAAGUUUCAUUGUUAUAUUGAAUGGUUAUUAAGUAGCCUUGUCUAUAUAUUGGUCAGCUACUUUGUAAUAAACAUUUACUGAAAACAUAAAAGCUACAAAAUUUAUAAAAUUUACUCCACUCCAUUUUUUGUGCUGAUAUACAAUGUCAUGUUUACAGCUUUAUUUUUUGUUAACUUCUUAAAGUGACUUUUGUUCGAACUGUGAUAAGUUGUUUUUUGAGAUUUUUGCAUAACUUCAGCAAUUACAUGAGCAAAAUUUUAUUUCUUUAUUUUAUUUUAGUAAAUAUUUAUUUAUAUGAUUUGUAUUGUAUUAUGCUCAAUGCA